CUAGCAACUGGGUCCAAUUUUGGCAAACGACUAUUCUAAACUAACCGUAUCUGUCAAAGAUCCUCUUUUAUACGGUUCCAUUCAACAGUGCUUGAUGAGGACAGAACAUAAUGAUGCAAUAAGUACUCGUGCAUUCCUUCUGCAGAAGGAUUCUGUGAACGAUUUUGGUCCGAAUACAUUGCAGCUGAAAGAUAACUGGCGCAUGAAUGAUGAAAUGAAUAGAUUCUUUAAAUUGGUAUAUGGACCCGACCUCAUCUCACGUAACCCAGAAAGGAAACUCAAGCUGCGAGAAAAAGAUAUGAAAGACGAUCUGGUAAGGUCUAUUCUGGAUCCUUCACGUGCGAUUUCGUUGGUGAACGUACAAGUUCCUGUAUAUUUGAUGUCUCAGAUGCAGGAAGUAGAAGCAAAUAUUGUCCGCAAACUAGUAGAUGCCUAUUUGGGCUCCCUAAAAGAAUCACCGUUGCCUGUCCGACAAGAUGCGCCCAAGGUCAUGGUUAUUGCCCCCUAUGUGAAACAAUGCGUUGCGAUCAAAAGAAGGCUUAAUCAUGUUUCAGCCAAGAUAUUGGUUGGUACUGUGGAUAAGAUGCAAGGACAAGAGAGCGAUUUGAUUAUUGCUUGUUAUGUGUGCAAGUUGAAUGAUUACAGAAAUGACUUUUUAGUCGAUUUCAGAAGAUGGAAUGUUACCCUGUCACGAGCAAAGUGUAAGGUUGUUGUGCUAGCCAUAGACAGCCUGUUUGAGCAGAAUGUACAUAAGCAGAUAGUAAAAUCGUUAGGCUCUUCCAAUUUUGAACCAGUAGAUGGAUUAGCACUUUUGUGUUUACUAAAAGAGUGGACAACAAAAAGAAAGUCAAGUCAUGUUUGGGUUGUGGAAUAAAUAUAAAGAAACAGCAAUGGAUAUAUAUUUUUAUUUAAAUAUGCAUAAAAGAGUUUUUUUUUUUGAAGAAAUACA